AUGGCUAAAGCAAAGCAGGUCAUGAACUUUAUACGGUCAGAGACUGAUCUCUUCUCGGAACCCGGAUAUGAUUUGACUCUCUCCAGCUCCCACAGGGUCGACUACCAUCCAAUCACCAACAUUUCAGAUCGAUCAACUCCUCUGACAUUUAUUAUUCAAGGAAAUGACUCCCAAUACAUCGACUUUUCUGAAACUCAGCUCUAUAUUCGCUGCAAGAUUGUAGAUAGCAAGGGCGCAGAUAGAGAUGCCGCUCAAAUUAAUACUGCACCAAUUAACAAUUUUCUACACUCAAUGUUUAGUCAAGUUGCAAUUUAUUUUAAUGAUACGCAAAUCACGUCACCUACUUCAUUAUACCCCUACAAAGCCUACUUGGAGACUCUUUUGUCCUUUGGAAAAGAAUAUACCAAGACUCAAGCAAUGGGUGCACUAUAUCACAAAGAAGUCGAUCCAAGUACAGGAGAUGAAGGGUGGAACACUCGGGAUAAAUUGGCCAACAACAGCAAAGUUUUUGAACUUUGUGGAAAACUGAAGACAGACAUAUUUAAUCAAAACCGAUUUUGUAUUCCAGGAAUCGAUAUAAAAAUAGUACUUUAUCGUGCACCGGACAGUUUUUGUCUACUCAGCAGGACUUCUUCUAGCGGAUCAGAUGCAGCACAACUUGAGAUUAUGGAAGCGAAAAUAGUUGUUCAAAAACAUACACUACUUCCAUCAAUUACUAUGGGGCACUUGAGAUUAAUGGACAAGGGUCAGCCUGCUUGUUAUCCAAUGCGAAGAGGAGAUUUGAAAUCAUUUUCCCUAUCAUCUGGAACAUUACAAUAUACAAAUGAAAGUCUAAUUACGGGUCUUUUGCCUGAUCGUUUAGUAGUUGGCAUCGUCUCAAGUAAGGCCGUACACGGUCAUUACAAUGAAAACCCAUUUAACUUUAUUCAAGCAGAUAUAUCGAGCAUCACUGUAACGGUGAACUCUGAGCAAGUAACAUCUCAAACGUUUGAACUGGACUUUGAUAAUAAGAAAAGUAUUGAAGCUUACUUUAGUGUAUUUUCGGGGCUUGGUCUAACAAAUCUCGACACUGGAAUAGAACUAACAUUUGACAUUUUCAAAAAUGGGAAAACUCUAUAUGUUUUUGACUUGAGACAUCAACACGAUGGAUUCGCCAUACGAAGACAUGGCAGUGUGAAGAUUGAGAUAAAACUACGAAAUGCAACUACCACCGCCCUUACUGUCCUGUGCCACUGUGAUUAUCAAGCAGUUUUGUAUGUCGACAAGAAUCGUCACAUCUACUUUAAGGAAUACUCCAUGUAA